GAAAGAUCGGUCUCUUCCGUGCGCAUUUGCUUCUUUUAGUUUCAACAUUUCGCCUCUCCAUCUGCAUUCUUCAAUUGAGGCCUCAUCUCGCCGAGACAACCACAGGCGUUGACCGCUCCCACCAUGACAUCCAUUCCCAGGAUGCUUGUCUUACCAACGGCCUUUCUCGCCUUGGUCGCAGAAGUGGUAGCAAAUCAACCACUAGCCACUGCGAUCAAGAAACAGCUUCCAGAUGCGAACGAGAAGCUAUUUCCCGACCACCUAGCUUUUGAACCGCUGCCGGCACUGAACCCAUUCGAGACGACCGUCGCAACGAACCUUUGGCUCGAUGACCAGGAGGACAAAGAUGCCAGCUCCAGCAAUUCCACAAAGCGAUACCACCCCGCCUUCUCAUAUCACUUUCAGGAAUCAGAAGAGGAUUUGCUGAAACGCGCCGCAGAUGUCUUGGUGAUUCUCCAGAACCGAGCGGCAUGUCCCUCGGGAAUGGAGAGCUGCUCAAGCAUUGGCUCGCCAGAUAAAUGCUGCGCGGAUGGAACAUACUGCACAAAUGUAUCUGAUUCCGACUCUGAGCAAAUUGCCUGCUGCCCCGAUGGAGCUACCUGCGGAGGAGGAGUUGGCGCCUGUCCUUCGGAUGCUGUGAGCUGCCCGUCCGAGCUUGGUGGCGGCUGUUGUAUUCCUGGAUAUGUCUGCCAAGGCGUUGGAUGCGUCCCCAGUGCUUCAGCAACUGGCAUUCCAUCGUCGACGGCACCACCGCCUCAAACCACGCCCCAGACUCGUUCAACCGCCGCUACAGCCACAGGCCCUGGAACCGAGACCGCAACGGGAGCGCCGCCAUAUAGACCAACGGAUGCUACUUCUACCUCGUCUUCUGCCUCCAGUUCAACCUCCUCUGCGCCAAUGACUACGACUCAGUCAGGCGAAACUCAAACCGGCUGUCCAACUGGCUUUUACGGUUGCCUGGCCACUCAUGGAGGCGGAUGCUGCCGAACCGAUCGCGAUUGCCAGACAUUAUCCUGCCCAGCGCCAUCUUCAACCAUCAUCUCCCAUGGCGUCACCGUGGUUGUCCCUGCAGGCGACGUGCCCACCGCGACGGCAUCGGAUAAGUGUGCAAGCGGCUGGUUUCUCUGCGGAAAGGACGCAGGAUCCGUGGCUGGAUGUUGUCCCAGCGGGUACAAAUGCGGCACAGCAAGCUGCUUCACCUCUGCAGCCUCGGAGACCAACUCCGUACAGAAGCAAGAGCCCGAAGCUCCAAGUAAGAAUGCAGCUUCUUCGGCUGUUUCGAGCAACAGCUUGAUAAUUAUGGGCGGUAUUACCGGAACUCUCCUUCUUCUCUUGGGUGUGUUGUAAUGACGGAAUGAGAAGGGGGUUGGUUCUCUAUUUUUUUUUUUCCUAUUGUUACUUAUUCAGCAUUUGACGAGCCAAAAUACGGCGCAACGGAUAUAUGACUGUUUCUUAAUGUUUUAUCUACCUACCUAUAUAGAUGUAUUAUACUAACGGCAACAUUGUAUUUGAC